AUGGCCUCCCGCCGCCCCGCGACCCCCCCGGCCUCGGCGCCGCUGCUGCUGCUGCUCGUCGCCGCCUCUUGCCUCACCUGCCUGAGCGGAGUGGCCGCGGAGGGGGAGCCAGUUGAUUGUGCAAGCGCUCUCAACUGCAGUUCCUGUCUUGGUACCCCCAAGUUAAAUUCUAGCUGUCAGUGGCUUGAGUGUGAAGGUUCUAAUGGCACAACCAGCGCUCCUCCCACUCCUGCUCCCACUAACACAACCAACACAACCAGCGCUACUUCCCCAGUUUUGACAGGCACUCCGACGCCCCGCAAAUCCACAUUUGAUGCUUCCAGUUUUAUUGGUGGGAUUGUCCUUGUGUUGGGUCUUCAAGCAGUAAUCUUCUUCCUAUAUAAAUUUUGCAAGUCCAAAGAUCAAAACUACCAUACCCUCUAGGAUGUUGCUUUUCAGUGGACUUAUAGCUCAACAUCUGUGGUUAGCUGAAUCAAAACAUCUUUAUUACUUAUAGAAGACUGCAAUUUGAAAUAUUCUUAUUCUACAAGAAGACUUCUUUAAAAGAAUAUUUUUGCAACAUGCUUGGAAGAAGGCUGUGUGAAUCAUGUCUUAAUCUGCAAGAAUACUCACAAUAUUCUGCAUGAACCCUUAUUGGCUGUAUUAAAUUACUUUAGUGGCUGCUGCUGCUGUGGAAUCUUUUCUCUCUACCUGAAAUGCCAAAAUGUAGAUUUGUAUUCAAUGCCACCGUGUCUCAGUAGAUAAUUGCAGUGGUUAAAUUAGCUAGCCGUAGUUUUAGUAUCCCCUUAUGAUGUUAAUAAAAUGUGAACUACUGAUGACUUGGCAUAAAACACUAUUUGUGAAAACUAUGGCUUAUAUAGUGUAUUGCUAGGAAAUUGGGUCAGAUUUGUCGAAGUAAAUACUAUCUCUUCUCCCU